AUGGGGAGUGCCUGCCCAGGGGAGGCCAGCCCAGGGCUGACCCCUGGCCACUGUCUCCCCCCAGCUUGUGAGAUCCUGGGAGGGCCCUCGGUCUUCAUCUUCCCCCCGAAACCCAAGGACACCCUCAUGAUCUCCCGGACGCCGGAGGUCACGUGCCUGGUGGUGGACGUGGCCCCGGAAGACCUGGACGUCGAAUUCACCUGGUUCAUGGAUGACAAAGAGAUGAAGAAGGAGAAGAUGACAGCGCAGCAGCAGCAGUUCAACAGCACCUACCGCGUGGUCAACUCCCUGGCCAUCGCACACCAGGACUGGCUGAAGGCCAAGGAGUUCAAGUGCAAGGUCAACAACAAUGCCAUCCCGGCCCCCAUCGAGAGGACCAUCUCCAAGGCCACAGGGCAGGUCCGGGGGCCGCAGGUGUACGUCCUGAGCCCUCACGUGGACGAGAUGGCCAAGGACAAGGUCAGCGUGACCUGCCUGGUCAAGGACUUCUUCCCGCCGGACAUCAGCGUGGAGUGGCAGAGCAACGGGGAACCGGAGCCAGAGAGCAAGUACUCCUCGACCCCGCCCCAGAAGGACCAGGAGGGCGCCUUCUUCCUGUACAGCAAGCUCUCCGUGGACAAGGCGCGGUGGCAGCGAGGCGAGUCCUUCACGUGCGAGGUUAUGCACGAGGCCCUGCACAACCACUACACCCAGAAGACCAUCUCCCGGAGCUUGGAGCUGCUCCUGGACGAGAGCUGUGCCGAGGCCCAGGAUGGGGAGCUGGACGGGCUGUGGACCACCAUCUCCAUCUUCAUCACCCUCUUUCUGCUCAGCGUGUGCUACAGUGCCACCGUCACACUCUUUAAGGUGAAGUGGAUCUUCUCCUCGGUGGCCGACCUGAAGAGGACCAUUGCCCCGGACUACCGGAACAUGAUCGGACAAGGGGCUUAG